GGAAGACAGAACAGAAACACAUGGUGACUACAUUUCGGUUUAAAGAUGCACCAUUCAUUAUGUUGUUUUGAAUGAAACUGUCAAUCCUUAAGAGGGAUGGAGACGACAGUCCUGGUAGCGCCAGUCACAGCUCUGGAGUUUCUUCAGGAUGCAUUUCUUCUGACAGGUGAGGGUCCAGUCUUGAAAGUGUACAGUCUCCAACCACAGCCUAAAGCCUGUACCUCCCUAAGUGUGCUCCAACACUGCAGAAUCCAUGGGAUAAGACUUAAAGAUCCAUUAGCUGUCCCAGUGCCGAGCCCAGCCACUGAAACUUACGAGGUGAAGAAUGAUGGGGCAAGCUUCUAUAACCUAGCAGUGUUUGGAGGCAAGGCUGUUAGACUGGUUAGGCUCCAUGUGAGUUUUGGGGAUGAGAAACAUCUGCGAUUGGAGAUUUUGGGUCCCCUCAUGGAGCUGCAGGACUGGGUCCUUGAUGCCCGCUGGCUCUCAGGAGACAACCCCUCCCUGCUCUGUGUGGCUGUAGCCCAUAAUAGUGCUCUACUUCUGGAUGUCGUUUCAGGACAUGUCCUUGAACAGCACUCUUGUCUGGAGGGAUGCCUGCUGUACUCUGCCCUCCUGCUGGUACAUGAAUCCUGGGAAGACACCGUCAUAGUUGGAGGGACAGUUUUCAACCAGCUGGUUCUCUGGAAGCCUGGAGGAGGAGACAGAUGUAGCAAUUCUGAGCAAAAAGCUCCAGUCGAGAGACGCCUGCUUGGCCACACUGGGGUCAUAUUUAGCAUCUGUUAUCUCCAGGAGAAAGGAUGGUUGGCUUCAGCCUCUGAUGACCGCAGUGUGAGGGUGUGGGGUGUUGGUUUGUUAGGAGGGCCGGGAGGGAUGUGUGGAGACUUGAACCCAGCUUGUUUAAGAGUCCUUUAUGGACAUCAGGCGAGGGUCUUCUCUGUGCAUCUCUCCCCUGCAAAAGUGUUCAGUGCUGGAGAAGACGGGGCUUGUUUAGUUUGGGACUGGGCUGGUGGGGGCAAAGUGGUCCGGACAUUGAAAGGACACAAAGCAGGGGGAGUUCGUGCACUUGCAGUGAGUGUGGGAACAGGAAACAAAGACAGAUGGGUGGCUACAGGUGGGGCAGAUGGAGGUGUGAGAUUAUGGCGGGUGGAGGGAGGUCAGUUGAAAGAGACAAUGGAAGAAGCAGUGACUGACAAGUUAACUGAUCUUAAAUUUCCCGGCCAAGGCUUGCCUAAAGAGGUUUGUUUAGCAGGGAAAGAAGAUGAAAAUGCAAGUUGGAGUCAGAGUAAAUUUGUGGUUUGCACUGACAAGGGAGUAGUUCACCAGUAUAGGGAUGGGCAGUGGGAGAUAGUGUGGCAAGGGUCUACUGAGUUUCAAUCUUAUUGUGUGAUGGAAUCAGUCACUGUCAGAAUGAAAGACUCAACAGCAAAAGUUAGUUUGUGUGCUGUGGGAAACCUCACUGGGUCCAUACAGGUCUUUCCCAUUUCUCAUCCUCAGUGUGGGAUUCUCCUGACAGGUGCAUCAGGGAAAAUCCACAGUCUUAUCUGGCAAGAGGCAAAACAAGGCUCAUAUUUGCUAGCAUCAGGAGCAGAUGGACUUGUCUAUCGUUGGUGCAUAAAUGUAGAAAAAGAUGAAAAUAGUUCCAUGACUCUUGAUGUAAAUCCCCUUCCUCCUCUCCUUCUUCCCUCCUGUGCCAAGCGCUGGCUGACUGCGGCAAUGCUCCUCCAUUUCCUGUCAUGGGGGCAGCUAUGGGUCUGUGGGGACAGAAGAGGAUCUCUACUUUUGUUUCAGGAAGAAGAAAAACUUGAGAAAACCAUGUGUGAGGGUAUGAUGAAUGACAGGAGCCCUGGACUAAAAAUUAUGGAUGAGAAAGAAAGCGUGGCUGACCUGGCACUUAAGCCACUGAGCUGCUUGUUUGGAGUGCAUGGAAAACAGGGUGUUACGUCAGUGUGUGAACACCAGGGACUGCUUUACAGCACUGGCAGGGAUGGAUGUGUGAGGGUCUUCAGAGUGCAUCAAACACCAGAUAUACCUGAAGAAAAGGGUCAUGGAAGGAAUGUAGAGAACAGUGGAGGACUUCAGCUGGAGGUACUCAGAGUUCAACGGGCCUGUAAAGGAAUGGAGUGGCUGGAGAGGGUUCUGUUCCUUGAACCUGACAUUUUAGUUGAAGACAAAGAGCUCAAAGGGGAAUGUGAGAACCAUCAUAUGACGAAACAUUUAAAUUUGACUGAAAAUCUCAAGGAAAAAGAAGACGAUACAACAGAAAGCAAGGGAAGGGAAGCCAGAUUUGUCAUCGUGGGCUUCCAUGCUGUCCAGUUUGUUGUCUGGGAUCCAGUGAGGCAGGAGAAGCUGUUAUCUGUGCCUUGUGGUGGCGGGCAUCGCUCUUGGAGUCUCUGGCCAUCUGACAAAGGGGUUUGGCCUGGUUAUGGAGCUCUGGUUUUCAUCAAACAAGGGGCUGUCCUGGCUUCACAACCCCCAGGAGAGGAACCAAACCAGGCUGGGAAGGCAGGAAGCACUGGAGGACUGGGGCUGAGGGAGGGUGUCCAUGGGAGGGGGAUUGGGUGUGUAUGCAGGCUGGGGAGGAUAAAAGAAACUAACAUUCAAGCAAAGAGGAAGGAAAAUGAGACAAGCAUUGAGGGAAGAAAUGGAACGAGAGAGGGUUUUUGGGAGAUAGUGGUGACGGGUGGAGAGGACACCAGCUUAACAGUCCUCGCAAUGCAUCCAAACUCUGGCAGCAUCAAAGUUCUCUCUGUCAUUACUGACCACAUCUCAAGUGUUCGGACACUCACAGGGAUAACACAUCCAGAAGAAGGAAGUGAAAACCCUACUCAGUCCCUCUCUGCCCUGCUUGUGUCAGCUGGUGGGCGAGCUCAGAUGCAGUGUUAUCGGCUGUUGAUCUGCUGGGAUGCACAAAGACUGGCUCCAUCCUGUCAGGUGAUCCAAGUGGCAAGUCACCGAUUGGACGAGCAGUGGGAGAGACGAAGGAACCGACACAAAACGGUGAAAAUGGACCCAGAAACCAGAUACAUGUCUGUUGUUGUGGUGGAUGAGAGGGCUGAUUGUGUCCUUUUGGCUGUAGCCUGCAGUGAUGGAGCUGUAAGAUUUUUCUCUGUCAGCGAAGUUAAACAUCAGAUUGAGUUGUUGUGGGAAACAUUUUACCACCAGCGCUGCGUGCUCAGUGUUGCCACCUGUCACCUGGAGGAUAAACAGGGCAACAGGUAUAAUUUGCUGUUUACUGCUGCAACAGAUGGCAAAAUUGCAGUGUGGGAUUUCACUGAUGUUUCUGUCUUACUGACAGACACCUUGAGCAAUACCCCAACUCCAACAGCCCCCUGCCUCGUCAUUCCCGCCCAUCAGAGCGGCGUCAACUCAUUGGCUGUCUGGAAAGAGAAAUUAGAGCUACAAGAAGGUUGUUGCCUGGUAACUGUUGCUAGCGGAGGGGAUGAUGGGCAGCUGACAGUGUCCACAAUUAGGGUGCAGUACCCAGAAGAAGGAAAGACUGGGGGCAGCAGAGGGUUUAAUCAGAUUUCUGAGCCUGUGGUUUCCCAACAAAUCAAGUUCACAACACCAGAGCAGCUUAAUCUUGACCUUCACUUGCAGUCCCACAUCCUGCUGGCUCAUGCGGCCCCUCUGACUGACCUGAAGCUCCUCAGACCGGGCCUGCUGGUCUCCACUUCCUCAGAUCAGAGGGUUUGCCUGUGGAGGGCCAGCAGUACUAUUAUCAGCCACAGUGGGGCAGUGUGCUCUCAUGUUGCAGACGCUGCUGGACUCUCUGUGUGGGAAGGGGAGAUUACAGAGGAGGAGGAGGAAGAUAAAACCAGGAAAACAAGGUCUGAGUCUGAGGAGGAGAUUGCCAUUUCGAGACAGAGAGAGCAGAAGACGGGAUUAAAAAUGAUGUGUGAAACAGGUGGGAGAUUCAAUAAGGAUAAGGAAACAGCUGAUGAAGCCAAGAGAGGAGAACUUGUUGAAGACAUGAGAGAGACUGGUGACCCAGUUUGUAUGACCAGUGAGAAAAGGGGAGAGAAGACAGCUGGUGAAUAUGGAAAUCAGAUGGGAAGUGGCAUUAUGGGUAAGACGCAGAGUGAGGUGAACAGUGAGACAGGUGUCAUCAAGAAAAAGACAGAAAAGAUGGGAUGGGUGCUGGUCUGUGGACAAGGAUUUCAGCUCCUAAGAGUUAGACGAAAUAAGAUGAACGCAGACAUGGGGAAUACUGAAAGAGAAAAGUGGGUGGAUCACAAAGUUAAAGUGACUUUGAAAAGAAAGCCAACAUGAGUGGAAUCAAAAGACAGCAGAACUCCAAACAAUGACAGAAAUGUUUAUGGAUUCCUGUUAAAAUCCUUGCCUUUACUUUCCAGAUCAAUUCAUGGAUGCUUCUUUGCAGUUGGUUUGAUAUCAAUCACAGCCAUCUUGUUUUAAAAAUACCUCGAUUUUUCUUGAACCUCAAUAUAAAAGAUUAAAAAAAUGACUGGCCUGACCCAUAUGAGGCCAGUUAAAAAUCUGCGGCACCUGUGGCACCAACUAUGCUCAAAUUCUGUUUAAAGUUAUGUUUUAUAAGUCUAAACUUAACCUCAUUGACACAGUAGACUGCAGAAAAAUAUUUGACCAAGCCUGAGUGAUAGAAGCCAUUUGGUAUGGUGGCUUCCAUGUUGAAAAUACUGUCUUCAACUAACAUUCAAUCAACCUAGUAGAAAGACAGAGGUGGGUCUUCAUCCUCCGCUAAAACAGCUGCAUUGUGCCUGCUUGCAGUCGAGUCAGCCAAGCCCCUAUUAAUUCAUUAUUCAGUAUCCUUAUUUUAAAUAAGCAGAGUAAUAAAACAGGCUUCCUUCACACAUUUUGUGCCCAUUUAAGACAUAAACCAAUCCAACCAAUAUGUUUUGAACCAGGCUGGAAAAAUGUUUAUUUCUGGUGUAAUAAUUGGCAUAUUAAAGGUGCAGUGUAUAAUAUUUAGCCUGGUAGCAUUUUGCUGUACAAACUUUGUAGAAAUGAAACAGAAUAUUCAUGAGAAGGCCAGUCUAAAUUAAUGUUUAAUUACCUGAAUAUAUAACAUAUAUUUUUUGAUUAACUUAGGACAAGCCGUUAUACAUACACAGAGAACGUCCCCUCCAUGGUCUCCACCAUCUUGGAUUUUGCAUCUUGUUGGUUUCUACAGCACUAUAGAAGGGACCAAAAACAGAUUUGUAUAUUACUGUUACUACCAGAGAGUGAGCAUCUCAAUCUAGAAUCUGAUGGUUGGAUGUUGCUAAUAAUCCCAAUUUUACUCAUUAAACCUUUAACAGAAGUGUGGAUGUGACUUCUGGUGCUUCUGCAGCCAACCUUGAGCCAACACUUAACCGUAUAUGACUGUUUCAUAUAUCCAUUGCAUGGAUAUAUUUCAACUUCAUCUUUAAUACCUUCAAAUAUAGAGCAUUUGGAAAGGGCACGACUUUUCAGAAAAUUCUCAGAAGGUGAUUGUGUGGACAUACUGUCAGAACCACAAGUAGUUUAUAAACAGUGGAGCUUGUUGAUGGAUAAAACUCAUGCCAUGGCCGGUCGUGAGAAGUGCAAACCAUCUAGUGUUGCUAUUUGACCUUGUUUAAAUAGAAAAUGUGGCCUAGUUCUGAUUAAACUACUGCUAUACUAUAGCUAUAUCCAAGCUCAUUUCUACAUCGUCAGCAGCCAUUAUUAUUAUACAGUACAACUAACCCCUGACCAUAACUUUUGCAAACUUAUGCUAAAGCAGGUCAGGAGAAAAGCAAAAACAUAUUUUCUGUGAGGAAAGCCUUUCAGUGCUGUUCUUUUCUCUUUAUUUUCUAAAAAAAAUGUGGUAAAGUUGUGUUAAAACUGCCACUAUACUACAGUUACACCCAGACUAAUUGGUAAUUGCUAUCAACUUUCAAUCCACCUAAACUCUGUCUGUAACUACCAACUCAUUCUCCUCAAAUGACACUGAUUGGUCAGGUCUGUUUUCAGACCUGGCACAAUCAUUUUAGAUGUAAACUUUUAAAGAUGGAUUUGCCUUAUGACAGACAUGGAAACCGGCCAAUCCAUCUGCUUUGCAAGGUAAGACACUCAAUAAACUGCAGUUUUUCACUGCUAUAGUUAUUCCAUUUGUAAAUCCCAGAGGUCACUGCUUGGUUGAAACCAUUUUAGUUGAAACUUAAGCUGUGUGAUUGUUUGUACCACAGAGACAUUCAGGUCAUCUGAACCAGUAAAGUGUAACGUCUUAACUGAACAAAAUAUUACAACAUAAAUGAUGGUUUCACUUCUUUUGACCAAUCAGUGAAAAGCAUUUACUAAUGCAGUUCUUAUAACAGUGUUGCCCUUUCUGUCAGAUUUACUCCGAAUACUAAGAGCUGAAAAUAACUUUUGACUGACAUUGAUCAACAUACAGCAACGAAAGUAUCUUUCAAAGCAUUGUGAUUAGCAUGUAUGAUAAGCACAGCCUACAGCCACUGUAAAUUAACAACAGUUACACUGAGUGGUGAACUCAUAAAUAACAAUAGCUAAAAUUAUAUCUACUCUAAGUCCCAAGAAAGUGAUAAAACACCCCUGAAGGAUAUAAUCUAUCAUGGAGAAUGCACUGCUGGCACAAAAGGCAGCUAAAAGAUUCCCCGUCAUCCUCCAAAUUAGCUCACAUUUCCAAUGAUACACCAUGAAAACUUUAUUUAUGUAAGACGUCACACCUUCAGAUAAGAAAGUUUGAACUUAAGCUAAUAUUUGAACUGUCUCAGCUGGUGCAACACCCUUAAUGUUAGAAUGUAAACUUUGUUUUCACAUUCAAAACUGGCUAUUUUUUAAUUUGGGCAUAGUUGGUGCAACACUCAUCUAAGCUUAAAGUUUGGUUCGCUUUCCAGGCUGUGUGAUUUUUUUUGAUUGUAACUUUAUGUAAAAUAAUGUGAUAAAUUUUACUUUUGUGAUAUUAAGAGAAUGUUUUAAUAAAGUUUAUAUC